UUGAAGCAACAUAUUCCUGCUUACAUCCAUCGAUACACAUACACGUGUGUCAGUGUGUGCGCUACACUGCGUGUUAAUUUUGAUUUGUUGAGUGAAUUAUUGAUUAUACAGAUUUGAUUAAAAUUCAGGAUUAAGGAAAAAAGAGGUUCGAGAUUUGCAGGGUUGAGAAAUGGGAAGGGUAUUCGUGUUAGCUCUCGAAGGCAAGAUCUACAGUUGCAAGCAUUGCCAGACUCAUCUCGCUCUCAGCGACGACGUCGUUUCCAAGUCAUUCCUAUGCAGGCAUGGGAAGGCUUAUCUCUUCAAGAAGGUAGUGAAUGUAACUCUCGGGGAUAAAGAAGAGAGGAUGAUGAUGACCGGAUCACACACAGUGGCGGAUAUAUUCUGCGUCAAAUGUGGCUCAAUGGUCGGAUGGAAAUACGAAACUGCUCAUGAAAAGAGUCAAAAGUACAAGGAAGGGAAAUCCGUUCUCGAGCGAGUUAAGAUUUCUGGGCCUGAUGGAAUCAAUUAUUGGAUGAACAAUGAAGAAGCUCAUGUUGGAGGCAGUGAUACUGAUGAUGCUUGACUCAAUGUAAAAAACAAUAUCUUCAAAUUGUACAUCUUUUUUACUAUAAUUAAUAAACAGAUUACUGAAUGCAGAACAGUUUCUUUCUUUAGUCUCA